CACUCUCCCACCCACAUGCUCUUCUUCUCUCUUCCUCUCUCAAAGGGUCAAUAUUUUCUUGCUUAUAUAUUUGACUCUUUCAACAUUCCCUCAAACUCCACUUCAAGCAAAGAAAUAACACAAGACUUACAAAGUGUUAGGAAAACUAAGAUAUAUAUGGCUAUAGAGCUUGAUGAUGAUGUCUUCUUUGCAGACAUAAGCAAACAGAUCUCUCUUCUCAUUAUGGAUGAAGAUGAACAGUUAAACCCUGUUUCUCUCUCUACCUCAUCCGCUCUUGCGUUCCAGGGUAUGUUCAGAGGAAGCUACCAAACGGCCCCAUAUAUGUAUCAUAAAGAACCAAGCAAAGGAACUGGCGUGUUCAUCCCUAAAUCUUCUCAGUCCAGAAGAAGACCUCAUCAUCCCAAGCAAGGUAGGUUUAAUUCCUUCAACGCCAAGCAACAACACUCUCUUCAUCAAAACAAGCAACAGUAUCAUGACAACUCAAGGUGUACUCACACCACUCACAACAACAAGAGCAGCAUGAUCACUAGUAAUGUUCAUGCCUCUAUCGCAAGAAGAAGCUACAGAGAUGCAGCAUCUAUCUACACUUGAUUAAUUUUUAACAAAUAUUUUACAUGAUUCAUGGUUUUUGUGUGAUUGAUUCAUAUAACUAUAUAUAUUCUAUAGAUGCAUAAGAUUUAUUUGUUUGUAAAUCAGCGAAGAAUAAAGCGUUCUGCUUCUGUAAGGAAGGUCUUGGAGAUUUUAUGUAAUUUUUUCUUGUCAUUUUAGAGAUAUUCAUUGACUUCGCUCCUUUUGUAAAAUAUGUUUUAAGCAUUAAAUUGAAAAUCAAGUUA